AUGGACAACAAGGCAGAGGAGAAGCUGUUGUCUGAGAAGUCUCUCCAGCCCUCCUCUCCCUGCAGCCCUCCAGACCAUCUCAAGUGUAACAUCUACAAAGCUCAGAUGGAGGCUGUCUAUAGAAGCUCCAGUCAGGACUCUCGAGACUCUGCCACUUCCAGUCUGACCACAGAGAAAACCUCCCUCCGCCCCGACCACAACUCAACCACAGACAGACCCGCCAAGUCUAACCCUAACACCAACCGCAGGAAAAGACUGGUCAGGCAGUUCAGCUUUAACCAUGAGGACGAGGAUAAUCUCCCAGAGGCCCUUGCAGCGAUCUCUUCCCGGAGCACUGGGAAGUGUGGAUCUAACAACUCACUGGACAACCAGACACAACCCUCCAUAUACCCUCAGGAAACAAACACACAGAUGGACAUGCAGAUACUGGAGCUGAGGAGUCCAUGCUGUGAGCGUUCUCACUCUCCCCACCUCUCCCCUUCCUUCUACCACACCUCCAUCCCUCCCCUGGUACCCUGCCUCUCCUCUCACACCAACAGUGAGGAGGAGAUGAGGUUGGGCAGAGAGAAGAUCCUCAGGGCUCUCCUGAUGACGGAGCUCUGAGUCCGUGACCCCGAUGACAUCAUGGAUGCCUCAUGGACCUGGUGUGAGACGACCUUCAGGAGUCCCACGUCCACUGGCUGCACUCAGCAGUCAGCAUUUACUGUACAUAAUGCAGUCAACCUUUCUAGAUUUGCAUACAAAAUAAUUUGCUUAAGUGUUAUUUUAAAAGGAACAUGUUUUAUGUCUACCCACACUACACACCCUGUAAUAACAUGCUCCCACACUACACACCCUGUAAUAACAUGCUCCCACACUACACACCCUGUAAUAACAUGCUCCCACACUACACACCCUGUAAUAACAUGCUCCCACACUACACACCCUGUAAUAACAUGCUCCCACACGACACACCCUGUAAUAACAUGCUCCCACACUACACACCCUGUAAUAACAUGCUCCCACACUACACACCCUGUAAUAACAUGCUCCCACACUACACACCCUGUAAUAACAUGCUCCCACACUACACACCCUGUAAUAACAUGCUCCCACACUACACACCCUGUAAUAACAUGCUCCCACAUUACACACCCUGUAAUAACAUGCUCCCACACUACACACCCUGUAAUAACAUGCUCCCACACUACACAACCUGUAAUAACAUGCUCCCACAUUACACACCCUGUAAUAACAUGCUCCCACACUACACACCCUGUAAUAACAUGC